CUCCUUUUCCUUCGUCACGCAAGCAACUUUUUUUUUUCCUCCCUCAACUUCAUCAUCACAACUUACAUUGUCACAAUUUUGAACCAUCCUGCUACUGAAUUAACAUCCUUUAACAUUUUUAUCAAACUUUUCCUAUUUUCUGCCCUCUGUCCAUUUAUAUCCUUGUUUUUAAAAAGUUUUUGAAAUCACAAUGGGAAAGACCAGAACACCAUCUCGAAACGCAUCACCUCGACCUAAACCGUAUGAAGAGUGUUCAAGCACCAGUGGGCCUAAAAUCUCCGAGCCAACUGAACUAAAGAUUUUUUGUAUUGUUGAGGGAGAAGCAACGUCUUUUCCUGUAAACACUCUUUCCAAUCGUUCGGUCGGCGAACUCCAGCAAGCCAUCAAGGCAGCGAAGAAGCCAGAACUCGAUCAUGUUGCCGCAGACAAGCUCACCCUCUACAAGGUUUCCAUCCCUGACGAAGGCAAGACCAUCGUCGAGUCAGAAAUCGAGUCAAAAGAGGCUCUCGCAAUCGCGUCAAAGAAGCUUGGGAACAUAUUUAAUUCUAAACUUCCAGAUGAAACUAUCCAUAUUUUUGUCAAGCUGCCGCCGCAAGAGACAUCGGAACAGAUUCUCAAGAGAAAAAUGGAUGAAGAUCCACGGUAUAUUUCAGCUUCAAAGAAGAUGCGCAUUGAGGAAGGGUGGAGAGAAUACAGGGCUUCUGAUGGCAAAAUGGUCACGUUACCGCCCUCUUGGAUCGCAAUGCUGGAGAAUCCUGAAGACCCGCCCGAUCCACGUAAUAAGUUUAAUCAUCUGAAAGCGGUAAUCAGGCUGGUGAUCGAGUUUGACAUUCCAUCCUUGGGCCGAAGACCGAAACAAUUUAAGAAAUAUAAUUCGGAAUUUAUGAUUACGGAUCAGAUGCUGGAAUUGUGGAAGGAGAUUAGUGCUGAACAAAUAUUUUCAUACCAGCGAGUCCUUUCUGGUCCUAUGGGGGUUGGCAAGUCAUAUCUAUUCCUAUUUCCUUGCUGCAAAAGGAUAUGCGGAAGGGUGGCUUACCCUUUAUAUACCAGAUGCCGCGAUAUUAGAUGGAGCUACGGAUGAAAUCUUCGGCAAUGGUACUGUUAGAAUGUUUCUUCGCUUUCAACAGGGAUAUCUUGACGGCAUCUGAUCUGGAAAGUCUCCUCAACUUUCUUGGAAAUGUACAUUACUCAAUUAAGGGUGCUUGCGCAGUAUUCG